AUGCCCGCCUCAAAAUUCGUGAGGCUCAACACUGGCGCCUCCAUGCCCACUCUCGGCCUCGGUACCUGGAAGUCUCCCCCAGGCGCCGUCGAGAAGGCCGUUGAGGUCGCCCUCAAGAACGGCUACAAGCUCGUCGAUACUGCUGCUGCCUACGAUAAUGAGAAGGAAGUAGGCUUGGGCAUCAAGGCCUCGGGAGUCCCUCGCGAGGAGAUCUUCUUGACAACGAAGCUCAACAAUACCGACCACGAAGAUCCGGCUGCUGCACUCGCGGCGUCGCUCAAGGCGCUCGAUACUACCUAUCUUGACCUCUGGCUUAUGCACUGGCCAUGCCCCUCAAAAAAUGGUGCGCCUAACAGGGCCAUCUCCUGGAUCGACACCUGGAAGGCGAUGGAGAAGAUCUACAAGGAGAAUCCCGACAAAGUCAGGGCGAUCGGUGUCUCUAACGUCUCCGUGAAGUUUUUGGACGAGUUACUCAAAGUUGCCACCGUCGUUCCCGCGGUGAACCAGGUCGAGAGCAGCCCAUCGUGCUUGCAGGCGGAUAUCUACCGGGCAUGUGUGGCGAAGGGCAUCUCUAUCACCGCGUACUCGCCACUGGGCUCUGACAACGCUCCUCUUGCCCGCAACCCGACCGUCGUAGAGAUUGCGAAGGCGCAUGGUGUUACGCCCACUUGCGUGCUCAUCUCUUUCCACGCAAACCGACCGGAGGUUACUGUGAUACCGAAGUCGGUGACACCCUCGCGAGUCGUCGCAAACAUGGAAAUCAUUGACUUGACCCCGGGAGAAGUGCAAAAGCUGAGCGAGAUCGAGAAGACGAGCUUUGCGCGCGUCUGGCGUUUUGUGAGCGCUCCCAGCUUCGAAGAUCAUGGGAGCGACGCAGCGAAACCGGGCACCCUUGGGGUUCCGGAGGGCAGUGACGAGCUUUUCACACCUGUCUGCUUCCCAUGUGGCCGGACAAUGCCCAACAGGCUCGUCAAAGUGGCCAUGUACGAACACUUAGCUAACCUAUUCGGAGGCCCGCCCAACGCUGCGCACUUCCAGCUAUACUCGCGCUGGGCCCCAGGAAAGUGGGGAAUGAUCAUGACAGGGAACGUCCAAGUGUCCCGCGAACACCUCGCCCUGGGACGGGAUCUGAUUGUGCCCGACGUCUUGGACGCGUCCACGAUCCAGCCAUUCGCCCAGUUAGCCGACAUCAUCCACGCCCAGGGAUGCGCUGAACAGGUCAGAGGUGCGAACGUCGAGAAGAACGAAGGGACUCUUGCGAUCAUGCAGCUCGCCCACGGCGGCCGUCAGUCUGCGAACAUAAUCGGCGGACGCUGGCCAUUCGUCCCUCCGCUUGCGCCUAGUCCUGUCCCGCUUGGUCGCAAGUCAUCACAGCAAAAAAACUUUGCAAGUGCUUUCUUGUCUUAUCUGACCAGCGCUGUGCUCUUCCAGACCCCUCGUGCCAUGUCUGACGCAGACAUCGACGACGCCGUAGAGGCAUUUGUACGAGGCGCCCGUUUGGCGAUCGAAGCGGGCUUUGAUGGGAUAGAGCUACAUGCAGCACAUGGUUAUCUCAUAUCACAGUUCAUGUCGCCCAAGACAAACCUGCGCGAGGAUGAAUACUCCGCCCGUACAAACCCACUGCGCUUCCUCCACCGCAUUGUUUCGGCGAUUCGCGCGCCUGGCGUAGCACCCAAGCACUUCAUCCUCGGCUUGAAGCUGAACGCGGCGGAUUAUACCGACUACGCCGACGAAAAACAUCCUCUAAAGCACCUCCAGGAAAUCGCGUCUUGGAAAAUGGUAGAUUUCAUCGAGGUCAGCGGUGGCGACUAUGAAAGUCCAGCGUUCCUAUCUAACAUUACAUCAACUCGACAAGCCAUUUUUUCCUCAUUUUCGCGAGAAGCAGUGUACGCAUUGGAAUCCUCUCCGGACACCAAAGACUAUACACCCUUAGUACUGCUAUCUGGCGGCCUGCGGUCCCUCCCCAUCCUCGCUUCCGUCCUCAAACAGCGACACGCGCAUCUGCUCGGAUUCGCCCGUCUGUCCGUAUUCUAUCCUGAGCUCCCGCGCCAGCUUGUCGCAUCCCUCGCGCGCAGACGCGCUGGACACGCCGACGACUUCCUCAUGGUCCCCCCGCCUGACCCGACAGUCAAUGGCUUCGACAUCGCCAUCGCUCGCAACUCCACGCGCUGGUGGGAGCGCUGCGAACACGCCAUCGUCUCGCUGCUUGUUGCGUUGUGGAGCCUGUUCUCCAUAGAGAUGCCAAAACUCAUUGGAGCGGGUACGUCCUCGUCGUGGUAUAAUGUCAUGAUGCGGCGCAUGUGCGCCGGGCAGGACGUAGACUAUGCGGUAGGCGGGGCAGGAGCGGUGUUGAGGAUGUGGCUAUGGACGGCGCCUGGAAAGGCGGAGUCCAGGCCAUUGUGGGACUCCUGGAUCGUUAUGGGCAUCAUUGGGACAAUGAUUGGCUUUGCGGCUGGGGUGGCAUUCAUGUAG